UGAGCCCCGAAGAAAUUUAAUGUUACGGGGUGUUGCGGGGUUUGUGUGCACAAAUACCUCAGGAUUGUGGGGGUUUUAAACAAAAACAACAACAGAAACUGACCUGACAGGGAUCAUGUGUCUCCCACAGGCCGUGGAGGUGAAUCAGACACAUCGUCCGCUCCAAAAAGGAUCUCGAGGCUCUUCCCUCCGCAAGAGGAGAUGGAGAAGUCAGAGUCAUCCUGCCAGAGAGCUUCCUUUCAUCCGAUUUCAUCCCGUUUCCUGCCGUCUCUGGACGGUUUCCUGAAGCCACAGUGCCCUGACCUGACAUGUCCAUGUCAGAGUGCCUUCUCUGUGCAGAUCCGAACACCAAGCCAAGCAUCUGUGUGAUGCAAGUUGGAAAUCUCAUGAAAGUCCGUGGACCAACAGUGAUUUAUGUCAGCCAGAAAUCUGGCUCAUGAAGUUCUUAAUGUCUUAGAGCAGCAAGGCCAAAGGGUAAGCAAGCAGUGUUUUACAGUCCCUGUGGAUGCACAAAACAUGAAAAAUUAAGGACAGAGCAGCCUGUGCUUUGCCAAAGACCCAACCAAAGGAAAGGCCGUGCAGUGCCACCUCUCCUUCUUCACAGAGGCAUGUGAGACAGAAGAGCAGGCUUGCUGAGCUUCCCAAAAACAGCUGCACUCCAGCUUUCUGAGCUGCAUGAGUCCUCCCCAAGCCCCGAGAGCACUCGCCUUGUCUGGGAGUAUGUGUCACGUUAUCCAGAUGUUGGAAAUCUUGCACAUGUGACCCACUGGUUGGAACAAGCCACUCCUGCCAGUUUGCUCUUUUCUUGUUUCCAAGUGUAUGAAUUCCUCUUUUAGGCUGUGGUUUCUGCUGAAGUAGCAGAUAAAUCAUGCCUGUUUUGCUGGAAUGGCUGGAUGAGAGGGAGAUAGGCACAGAGGAGGUACAGGGCAAUGGAUCGUGGCUAUUUGCCUGUGUUUGGUUUCAUUCGCACACGGGCCCAGAGCCUCCUUUCCCAGUUCCCAGAACUCAUUAGCCGAUGCUUGGCUCUGUCCCAGCCUCCUCCAGCAUCCCAGUGCUGCGUAAACCUUGGCCCAGGGUGCCCGGCCCCAGCGGGAUGGGCGUUUCUCACUGUGUGCACACAAAACCUCAGGAAAGCUGCCUCCUGGAGCUGAGCUGAUAUCUUCCUGAUAUCCAAGGAUCAGGAUGAGGCAUUAGCAGCUCGCCAGCACCGAGACAAAGAUCGUGUUGCAGCAGCAGGAGGAGACUGCUCGUGCUCUUGGCUGCGUGGAGGGAACCAGGCUGGCUGCAGCCCUCUGCCACUGAGUCUCCUGCUGCCUCUGGAUGUUGGUUCCACAUCUGGAGAAGCAACAGGUGGCCCUCACUCCUUGACCUGUUGGUCUGGAGUUGAGCUUACAGGACCUCCUUUACACUGGUUUCUUGUGCUGUAGUAUUCCCUGGUGGCUGGGACAACAGGGAAAACAGAGGGACCAUGGGGUAACUGUCCUCGGUCAUUUAAAACAGAACUCUUAAAUAAAUACAGCUUUAAAGUAACCCAGCAGUAGAAGCAGAAUUUUUCACAUGAAAGGUCAAUGUGCAGAUGAACACAAGUACACUGCCAAGAUUUACUGCAGAGAAAGUAGUAAACAGAACAGCUUACAGCACCUUUGGGGUUAUACAGUUCUCUCCUUUGUCUCCAGCAUUUGCAGAUGAUCUCCACACAUGUUGUCAUUUAACAUCCACCCACUCCCACCUUUUUUUUGGCCCAAGCCAGUCGAGAAGACCUCAGGCAGGCUGUGUCCAGGAUUGCUGUUCUACCAAAUGAUCCAGGAGCAGCGUGAAAGGAGGGAGCUGGAGGUCCUGCUCCACGGCACUGGCACCAGCCAGCACUUCCAGGUGCCCUGAGCUGUGCAACCCCAAGGAUAUGAACCACACAUGGAAGUCUCAUGCUUUAUAAAAAGAUAGAGAAACCAGAAGGACCCCAUACAACAUGCAGGACCUGUUUGGGAGCUGCCUCCUGAAGGAUUAGAUCUUGCACUCGGCUGCAGUUCUGUGUUCCGCUGCCUUGUCUAACAUCAGGUUACUGAAGACUUGUACACAGACCUGCAAACUCCAGCCAGACCUUCUAGAGGAUGUGCUCAGCGAAACACCACAUUUAGCAGAAAGAAGAGGGAAGCAGAGGGCAGCUGAGAGCUUUGCCCAAGGAGAACAGAGUGAAUUUACUGCCCCUGUGUCCCCAUCUAGCACCACCAGGAAUUCAGUUUGAAACAGGAAAAGAAAAAGGAACAAGGACCUUCACAGGGCCUCUGAGCAGAGGAAAACAGAGCCUCUCUUCCCAGAGAUUGAUGUUCGUAGCAGUGCCAAACAGGUGUUCCUUCCCUCCACCUCUGGCUACCACAGCACUCUCAGAAGAGCGUGCAUGGAAAGAAGCCAUUCCUGAAGCAGGAUUGCCUUUGAGCUGGCAGCAGAUGAGUGACUGGCAUUGGGCAGCACUGCUGAGGCUCUGGCAGGCCGUUUAGCAGAGAACCUUGGCUAAUGAAUGUCAUCCACACCUAACAGAUGUGCCACUGCCUGCCAUGCCAGAUUUUUGACAUAAUACAGGGCUGCUGGACAUGAUGGUGCUUGGGAAAAGCCACAGAGUGACUUGUGCCUACAACGCAGUGUUCGGUCCCACUCGUGCUCUGCGAGAGAAACCAAACCUGUGGGAGGGAGGGAAGCACAUCCGUGUCUCACUCCUCACCCCUGGUUUUAUCGGGAUGGAGGACGCCGGCGUCCAGCGGGGAAUAUGGGACGGGGACGCCAAGACGGUCCAGCAGUGCUUGACUGACAUUUUCACCAGCGUUUACACCACCUGCGACAUCCCGGAAAAUGCCAUUUUCGGCCCCUGCGUCCUGAGCCACACGUCCCUCUACGACAGCAUCGCCUUUAUCGCCCUCAAGUCCACCGAUAAGCGCACCGUCCCCUACAUAUUCCGGGUGGACACGUCGGCGGCGAACGGCUCGUCCGAGGGGCUGAUGUGGCUGCGGCUGGUGCAGUCGGCCCGGGAACGGGAGGAGCAGAACCUGGAGGCCUACAUCAAGAGCGGGCAGCUCUUCUACCGCUCUCUGCGCCGCAUCGCUAAGGACGAGGAGCUGCUGGUGUGGUACGGGAAGGAGCUCACCGAGCUGCUGCUGCUCGGACCGGCCCGGGCCCCUGCCCGCACUAACGGCUCGCCGCCCUUCGCCUGCCCCGAGUGCAGCCAGCGCUUCCAGUUCGAGCUGCCCUUCGCCGCACACCUCCGGUUCCGCUGCCCCAAGAGGCUGCACGGCCCCGACACCGGCCCCGCCGCCGAGGCUGCCGGCGGCAAGGACGUCGCCGGCAAGGAGCAGGAGCCCGGCAAGUUCGGGAAGCCCGGCGGGCCGCCGCACCACCCCUUUCCCGGUCCCGACGGUGGCCCCACCGCCAGCACCAAGCCCUCCACGGACUUCCACAACCUGGCGCGGGAGCUGGAGAAUUCCCGCGGCGGGCGCGGCGGGUCCCCGGGGCGGCCGACGCCUGGCGAGGGCGGCCCCGAGGCGGCGGCCGGGAAGGCGAAGAGGCGGUUCCCCGAUGAGGAGGAUCGCGGGCCCGGCGCGGCGCGGGGCCGCUUCCCGGCGGAGCGGCCGGGGCUGCCGGCGGCGCCCAAGGAGGAGCCGGGCUGCGCCCCGCAGCAGCAGUACCGCGCCGCCGGCUCCUACUGCGGGCUGGAGGAGGGCGGCCGCCUCUUCGCGCCGCCCAGCCCGGAGACAGGGGAGGCCAAGCGCAGCGCCUUCGUGGAGGUGAAGAAGGCGGCCCGCGGCCCCGAGCCCGACGGCGGCCCCGAGGAAGGCCCACGGAAAAGCGCCUUCUCGCAGCCCGCCCGCUCCUUCCCGCACGUCCCGCCGCUGGUGCUGGGCCCGAAGCUGGGCGGGCUGGGCGAGCCCUGCCCCGACGGCGCCGCCGCCCCCGCCCGCCUGUACACCGCCGAGGCGCUGGCCGCCAAGCUGCCGGGCGGCGGGGAGACGGCGGGCGGCGGCGGGGGCGGCGCCGGGGGGCUGCCCAAGCAGAGCCCCUUCCUCUACACCACGGCCUUCUGGCCCAAGAGCUCGGCGGCGGCGGCGGUGGCGGCGGCGGCGGCGGGGCCGCUGCAGCUGCAGCUGCCGUCGGCGCUGACGCUGCUGCCGCCGUCGUUCACCUCGCUGUGCCUGCCGGCCCAGAACUGGUGCGCCAAGUGUAACGCGUCCUUCCGCAUGACCUCGGACCUGGUCUACCACAUGCGCUCACACCACAAGAAGGAAUACGCGCUGGAGCCCCUCGUCAAGCGCCGCCGCGAGGAGAAGCUCAAGUGCCCCAUCUGCAAUGAGUCCUUCCGCGAGCGCCACCACCUCUCCCGCCACAUGACCUCCCACAACUAGCGGGGAUCCCCCCGGCUCUGGGGACUCGCCCGGGACCCCCGCCCGGUGACCCCCGCGCUGCCCGCCGCUCCCGCCCUUCCCCUUCGAUGCACGCGUUUCCACUGUCUGGGGAGGGGCGGGGAGGGCAGAGGCAGAGGAGGAGGAAAAAAAGAAGAAACAGAAGAAGAAGAAGA